AUUAACCUCCGAGAAUAAAAUAUAGGUUAAUAAAAUACACAUAAUUUUUGUUGUAUUGAUAUGUAUACAAGGAUGUCUUGUAUGUAUGUAUAUUAUUUGUGAAAGUCCACUUAGUAAAAAUAUAUCUGGGUCACAACUUUUACCGGAACUUAUAAAAAGGAACAGAGGACACUUGAUUGAGAGGAGAAAGGGGUGUGGCAGCACGCUGGAAGAGACGCCGAGCGACGGUCCGAGGAGCUUGCAAGAUUAGCCCGGAGAGAACUGACUGCUGGACUAAAAGCGUGGCCAGAGCAAUUCACAAAGGGGUCAAAAGUCUUCUGGAGGCAAGGUAGAGCCACACGGAGCGUUGACCGGACCCGAGGCGCUCGCGAUCCAGGCCUGACGAAGGGAACCGCCCGGGCACACAAACGCCAACCCGGUGAGACCCUUCCAAUUUUUUUUCUUUCUUUCUUGUAGUUUUGGUGCACGAAGACGGAUAAUGAAAUCGUUUUUCUAGCAUUGUUUGAUGGUCAUGCUUAUUACCAAAUUCGUAUAAAAAGAAGUAAAAGGACUCACUUGAGCGUGUACAUUUCCCGUUUAUUCGAGGAUUUUGUUACAAAGCUUUGAAAUCUUUUGUUAUCCCCAGUGUCACUUCAUCUCAGCAGCCUCUAAACACAGCACCUCUGCAGUUGUGAAAGUAUUUAAGGAUUAUUUUGAUGGCUGUGUUCCCAUCUCAGAUGGAACAGUGCAAACAGAAGGAGGGAGAAAGCAAGACCUGAGGGAUGCAAAGGUGUGUCGGGCAAAUCAGGCUUAGAGGGGAAGGAGAGGAUAUCGGGACCAAGGACUGAACAUAGGAGGAGAGGAAAAAAUGGAGGUUAGGGUGAGUGAGAAGAGAAUUGACAAGUAGGCGUACAAAGCAGCAUAUAUAUACACUUAUCGCACUGGAUUCAGGAAGCGAUGGAGAAGCUAAAGAUGCAAAAUGUGCGGGCAGACAACAGGCUGAGAGAUGGUGACUUUAGAUGAUGCAGUGAGAGACUUGACUCCACACGUUACUUCAGCUGAUGGUGUGUUCAAAGUCAUCUGCCAUGGAGGAGUUUCAAAGAAAGCUGAACCAGCGCUAUGAAGGCACCAAGCCCAGAAAGGUGAGGUUCAAGCUAGCAUCCUCCUACAGUGGUCGGGUGCUGAAACACGUGUAUGAGGACGGUCAGGAGCUGGAAAGUCCAGAGGAAAAAUACCCUCACAGCUUUAUCCACCGUAAAAUCCCACCCAGCCACCUUGAGAUGAAGCAGUUUUGCAGCUUUGAGGAGACUAAUAGGGACGAACAAGGUUUCUAUCCAACAACAGGACUCAUUGCCCAAAGAAUAAAUGUAUACAGAGGGCUGAGAAACUACAAGCCUGCAGGUGGCCAGACUGUGGAAACAGAGGGUGACAGCAAGUCCUCAGUUUUGGACUUUGGCAAAAUAAUCAUCUACACCAGCAAUCUCCGCAUAAUCAGAGCACCACCAAAGAAGCCUGAAAUGAUGCGGCAGCACUCCAUCCCGCCAGUGGAGUUGGAGGGAUGUCCAAAGGCCAGGGAUAGGGAAAGUCGGAAGAGGGCUAAAGCUCUUAAGGCCCAGGAGGAUCUGGAAAAAGAGGAGAAUGGGAUCGAAAAUGAAGAUACCAAGGAGACCGACAGCUGCCAGCAUUGUGGUGGUUCAGGCUGCGCUCCAUGCUCCCUGUGUCAUGGCAGCAAGCUGUCCAUGCUAGCGAACCGCUUCAAUGAGUCCAUCAGUGAUCUACGUUGCCAAGCCUGCUACCCCGAUGGUCUGGAGAGGUGCCAGUCCUGCUCCAGUAAAUAGCACCAUUUGGCCAGUACCCAUGUCUGGCGAUGAGAGUGCAGCGCUGAGUGUGUGACCGAUGCGCUAUUGCCUUGUCAGAACUGCCUCUGCUGCAACACUGCUUUAAUCCCAAAAUGUUAUUGGGAUGUUUCAGAGCUCUACAAGGAACCACAAGCCAUGAGAAGACAAGGGAAUAAUGUCUGUUCUGCAGACACAAAAAUCAUAAAAUAACAAUUACUGUGUGCAGUGAAUGUUGCAUGAGAUAACACAAAAACAUAAUCCCUUUUUUGUUGUCUCUUUUUUGCAUCUGUGUGCCUAUUCUCUGUCAAACCUGGCUCAACAACCUUGUUAUAAUUUUAAUUAAUAUGAAAAAUGUGGAGGUUAAAUGUUCUUUUUCCCAGUUUAUUAAUCAGAGAGAAUGUAACCUUUAUCAUGUCAAAAUGAUGUAUUCUUCAAAGCUAAUUACUGUUCAUUUAUUUUAAACGGGAGAAAACACAUAACACUGAAAAUAAGGAUGUAGUAUGAAAAAGUUAUAGCGUGAAAGAAAAAUGUUUUCUAAAUAAGGUAUUGUAGAUCAACUACUUUUAAAAAAGAAAAAUUUGUAAUUCAUCAAGUUAACAGUACACAUGGUUCAUGUUCUAUGUUCAAAAUGCUGUUUUUAUACUAAAAUAGCACUAUUUCAUACAUGAAGUGCAACAUGCCCAUUUACUGCACAUACAAUUUUCUUUUGCUCAUGUACUUUAGCACUCCUUAUUUGGAAUCUUUCUUGAUCACAACCUAAAACAAAAAUCACAUUUUCUGCACAUUUUUUUAAAAUUAAAUUUAUUUAUUAAAGUAAGUGAAGUGAAUGUCGUAUUAUGUCAAACAAAGCAAAAUUUCCGAUAUAUAAUCUAGAUAGCAGUUAGCUUACUAGGCUAUUAGUAAACAAUAUCACUAGGGAUUUCACAAUGUACAAUAUGUAAACAAUUUAAAGGGCAAUAAAAGGGAGAAGUUGUAGUUGAUGUAGUGGUUGGUGACUGAUGGGCCCCAAAUCUAACGCUGCGUUCAAUCCUCAAAACAACUUGAGCCUAUUCAUUGUAUUUCUUGUUCUGCUCUGAACAAGAAAUACAAUGAACCAAUUCAGGAGGAUUCUGCAUUGUUGUUUUUUUAUCAUGUUAAAGAUGUAGUGGGUAGAAAAUGGGGAAAAGUUAACAUAUAUCUUCUAUGCUGUAACAAUUUUUUUCUUGGAUUUGAACCUGUAGACAAACAGUUUCAUAUAAGUGAAUUAUUGUAUAAAGUAUUGCUCCUUUACCAAACUCUGAGGAUUUUUAUUCAUCCUGUACCUCUGCCUAUCCUUAUCAACAUUCAAUAAAGACUAAUUAUUGCUGGUAUCUAUUAGCAGUAUUACCAGUAACACAAAUUCUGCACUGAGUAAUUUAUGUAUCAGUAAUGAGUUUUGUAAAGAACAAAAUAUUCAAGCUGAUCAAACAGAACUGAUUUUGCAAACAUUCUUUAACACAUGGGUGGAGCAAAAAAGUCCAAACAUUGCAGAUACCACACAAUCAUUAAUAACAGAGAGCCAGCAGGUUAACCAAACAAAUUCUGGCAUCAGAGAUUACGUUUGAUUUUCCUUGGUAUGGUCACCUUUCACUUAAAAAUCUUCACAGCUUUAAAUGACUCUCCACCAGAUUCUUGUGGUGUUCUAAAUUAAUUGCCUAUAUUCUAGGUAACUAAUAAAGAACUAAAAUUCAGAUACAUUUUUUCAUUAUAACAAUAUGUAACUUUUAUUUAAUGGUUGCAAUUUAUUUUGUCCCCUUUCACUCUAAACUUACUGGUAAGAAAUUUUCACAUUCAUCAAAACAUAUAUUCAAUUUUAAAUUAAGCAAUCCACUCUUACGACUCCUGGCUAGCAAAUAAUACUCUGAGGUACAAUGUCCAGUGAAAAAGUUAAAAUGUUUUCUACUCAUAAGAGCUGAUGCAUAUGAUAUGAUGCAUCUGUUUGAUGACAAACAGAUGCAUCCACCCAUGUCCAAAGUCCAGUAAUAAGUUCUUACUCAUCAAACUUCAGCAAGAUAAAGAAAAUUUGUAUUAAAGAAACAAAUCAAUCUUUGUCAGUCGAUUUUGCUCAACUCUUUAGAUGUUACUGGGAUUCUAAAAAUGGAAAAUAAUGUGGAUGUUCUCUGCUGUUGUUGAGAUCUUCUGGGAUGCAUAGAGUAAGCUUUGCACAAUCCAUUAGAAAUGAUUGAAUCAGAGAGUCUUGCAGCUGUUUUCAACCUAAUACUUUAGUAGUGGGAUUACUGUGGCUCAUUGGUGACAGAGUAAGUGGGUCGAGUGCUGCGUGGAGGAGCCUACCUGGACGCAGUAGAAGCUUAUCAUUAAUGUAUGGUUUGCAUGCACCUGUGUUACUCUGACAUCAGAGAAUUUGGAGGUAAAUGAGCCAAGGGCUACAACCUAAUUACACCUACACAGAGCUUGCUGUUUUACAGCAAAGCCGAUUUAUUGAAAUGCACCGUAAUUACAAUUCAUUUUGGCUCUAGAACCCAAUCUAGAUGCAACAACAAUGAGUUCGCCCAGCAGCUUUAUCAGUAUACAUUCUGAAAUCAAACAGAAAAACUUUGAUUAUGCUUAAGUCCCUUGCAUAUGGAGAUUGGUGGUCACCACACUGCACAUAGUAAAGAGCUCCCAGCUGGGUAGAAAAAGGCACACCUCUAAAUUGAACAUAGACAAACAAAAACAAGCUUUUUUAGGCUGCAAUUCAAAUGCAAUGUCAUAAAGAACAGAAGCAGAGUGAGGAGGAAAAAGAAUGAGUAGCAACUCAGAGAGUUCAUAACUUCCCAAUGGCUACAAUUCCUGAAAGAUACACGUCCUGCAAAUUGUGCAAAAUAACAAAGUCUGCUGUGAGCUUCAGCUGCACAGGAAACCCUCACACUGUUAGUAUCCUGAUGAACAUGCUGAUAACCUUUCUCCAUUUUUGCUCUCACACUGAAAGUAGGUUUUACAAAUUCAAAGAAGCUUUUUGAUGUUCACGGAUAGGGAUUUAGUCUGUAUCAAAAUUAACACUGUUACAACACAACUUCAAUGCUCGCAAAUAUUCAGCCAUAGCCUCCAAAUGACUGACUGUUCAGUCUUUUAGUUCCCAUGUGAUAUUACACCGCCUUUGAAGCAGAUUUGCCACCUUGGUAACCAAAUUCCUAAAGCUGUGAGAUUUAGGACAGAGAACAUCACAUUUCCAUCACUGGCAAUAUUUUCAGAAGCAUUUAAAUAUAAUUAAAAGUUAGUUUUCUUACACACUUAAAUUAUAAAUUGCCUAAAGAUAAUAAUGGGAUUACAGGCCAAUAAUUACAAUCAUUUUACAGACCUCCAAUUUAUAUGCUGUUAAUUCAUGGAUUACUGCUUUUCAACUUGUUUCAGAGCUUAAUAUAAAACUUUUGAACUCUUUACUAUUUCUUUUUAACAUACAUGAUACCUCUGUUAUGCUCUAGCAUCAUGAUCAAAUUUGUAUCAUAGUGGAUUAUAAACAAUAAGCAAUAGGCUUAGAUUUAUUGUUGAUUUUUACACCUUUGAUUUUCUCAAGGCCUCCUUUGAGCCUGAAAUGUCAGUUUCUUUCCGUAAUCUGUAUUCAGCAGUGAGAGAUGCAUCAUAAAGAUAACAAAGAAAGUUUAAUGAUAAUGCUCGAUAUGUAAUUCUGGAAUGUUUCUUUUUUAUGAAACAUUGUAUGAAUAUGCUAAUAGCUUUUACUAUAAAUGGCACACAACCACAAAUGCAUCACUGCAUAAUUACAUCUAAUUACACCUUACCCAUUCCUGCUAAAAUUAGAGGCAGUCAAUCAUAUUUCUAUUGUAUUCUGGGAUUCUUAUGAGAAAAUUUUUUUAUGUUCUUACUAUGUUUUCGUACCUCAAUAUCUCUGAGGCAGUUAUGUAUUUUCUCUGUGGUGAAUGUUAUGUUGCCAGGAGCCAUCAUAAACCGAAAAAAAAUACGAUUUAAACAUCAGUUGAUGUUAUUAGUCACAGAGGACUUAGUUUUUUAGCCAGAGGCUAUUUUCUUAAAAGUUACACAAACAAGCCAGGGCUAAAAAUAGUCAUUUUCAGUAUAUAAACAACAUACAAACUGCACUGAGCUGAAAUGAGUAUUUUUUUUUCUUUUCUGCAUCAAGAUAAAAGAAAAUCAAUCAAAAACGGUGCCCAAAUAAUUAUUCAAUGAACUCCUCAAGGUUUCCAUGUCACAACCCUGAGCUGACCAACCAUCUGGAUGGUUUUUAAACCCAUUAUCCUCACAUUACUUGUGGACCUUUCCUUGCACAGGUAAUUUCCAUUUUUACUUUUAUUGUGUCACCAAACCCGCAUUCUGAUAUGGAGCUAGCAAUAUGGCCGAGGACAUAUCUGGCCAAGAGCUCGAACAAGAAUCAAAUUACAGCGGUACAGGAAGGCUAAUUCAAAGACCUUUGUUUUCUUUUCCUUUGACCUCUCUGCUCAGACGUCUUCUAACAGUAUGGACAUUAAGGCUGUGCUUUUGAACCUUUUAACCACAAUUCUCACUCUUUAUUCCACUGGGCAACCAGAAUGGUAGAGAAUUGGGUCACAAAACUGUUCUUGGCCUCUCACGUCCUGUGUUGGCCCAAAGGGAUAAGGGGGAAAGGUAAAAGACACUCAAAUGUCAAACCAAAUACAUUAUGCUUGCUAUACUUAGAAACUGGAACCUAAACUACACAACAUUUUUUAAGUUCAUUGAAUUCUGUCACUCUAAGAAUAAGGUAUACACAGAUCUGCGUAUGCCUUAUUUUUUCUUUAAUUAGAACAGAGUAAUGCAGACCUGCAUUCAUUCAUUUCAAUAUUUUUUGUUCUUUUUAUUUGUGUAUUGCUGACCAGAUUUAUGCAAUUUUCACGUAUAUGGAUUCAUGCUUUAGAAAGCAAGUCUAGAAAAAUGCAUUAAAUACCCACAGAGCACAUUAAGCACAGGUUCAAACACAUGACAAUAUGAGAACAAGAGCUUAAGAGAGAAUAAGAGUUUUUAUUAAAGUACAGUAUAAUCAUAAAUUUAUUAUUGUAAAUGUUGGGUUUUUAU